AUGAAUAAAGAGUCGGUUACGAAAGGUCCAAAAAGAGAUAUGGAUGUUAAGGGCCCCGUGGAUAAAUUUGGAAGACAUUUUUCUAAUACCAUGUACACUAGAAUUUUAUCAAAUAGGGAGACGUGCGAUAGAGAAUGGCUAGUGUAUUCGAAAAAACUUGACAAACUCUAUUGUUUUUGUUGUAAAGUUUUUAGAACGCGGCAUCCGAAAGGUGGGUUGGAUGAUGAAGGUUAUAACGAUUGGAGACAUGCCAGUAGUAGACUUAAAGAACAUGAAGUUGGUUUAGAACAUUUCAAGAAUAUGAAUGAAUGGUUUGAAUUGCGGCAAAGGUUGAAAUGCAAAGAAACAAUUGACAAAGGGGCAUAUGAGCACUUUAGAAAAGAAAAAGAUUAUUGGAAACAAGUCAUCUUAAGGAUUAUUGCACUUGUGAAGUUUCUUGCAAAAUAUGGCUUAGCGUUUCGUGGGUCAAAUGAGAAGUUGUAUCAAAAGGGAAAUGGAAACUUUUUGGGUUUGGUUGAGAUGUUGGAAGAGUUUGACCCGAUUAUGAAAGAACAUGUGUGCCGAGUUUUGAAUGAAGAGUGCCAUGUACACUUUCUUAGCCACAAUAUUCAAAACGAGUUGAUACAAUUAUUAGGGGAUAAAGUUAAAACCGAAAUCAUCAAGAAAGUUAAGCAAGCAAAGUAUUACUCCAUCAUCCUCGAUUGCACGCCUGAUACAAGUCACCAAGAGCAAAUGUCCAUAAUUGUGAGGUAUGUGAAUUUUAACUCUAGUUCUGUGACCAUAGAGGAGUCCUUUUUAGGUUUUUUGGUUGUUGAAGAUACCACGGGUUUAGGACUUUUUGAAGUAACAUGUAAGGAAUUAGAGUCGCUUGAUCUUGAUAUUGGUGAUAUGCGUGGUCAAGGCUACGAUAAUGGGGCAAACAUGAGAGGAAAAAACAAAGGAGUUCAAACUAGAUUUUUAGAAAAAAAUCCUAGAGCUUUCUAUAGUGCUUGUGGUUGUCAUAGUCUAAAUCUAGCAUUGUGUGACAUGGCUAACACAAUUACUAAGUCUAAGGAAUUUUUUGGAACAAUACAACGGUUAUAUACUAUCUUUGCCCAUUCUAUUAAUAGGUGGCAAAUUUUGAAAGACAGUGUUAAAGAAUUAACUCUUAAAUCAUUGUCUACAACUCGUUGGGAAAGUCGUAUAGAUAGUAUUAAGCCUAUAAGAACUCAACUUGGAGAUGUAAGAAAAGCUUUGCGAGAAGUUAGGGGGACGGAUAGAGAUGCUAAAAUCAUAAGUGAAGCUAAAUCAUUAGAAGAGUAUGAACUUGGUGAUUUUGAAUUUUUGGCACAAAUUGUCAUUUGGUUUGAAUUAUUAUCAAAGGUGAAUGUGAAUUAUAGAGAAGUGGGGUUCUCUAAGGCACUUGAUGAAGCUAGAGAAAUUGCAAAUGAAAUAGGUGUUAAUGCGGAAUUUCGUCAAAAACGUUUGAUAUAUAGCAAAAAACAAUUCGAUGAAUCGUCAAGUGUAGAAGAAGUAACAUUUUCACCCGAGGAGGAUUUUAGAGUAAAUUAUUUUUUAAGUAUUGUUGAUCAAGCUAUCUUUUCACUUGAAACAAGAUUUGAACAAUACCAAAAAUUCGAAAAAAUAUUUGGGUUUUUGUUUCCUAAAAAGUUGAAGACUCUUGAUGAAGCCAAGCUUAAGGAGUGUUGUUAUCGCCUUGAAGAUGCAUUGAAGUAUGAAGGAGAAUCCGAUAUUGAUGCUAAAGAAUUGUGUAUGGAGUUGAAGUUGAUUACUACAUUUUUACCGAGACACAUUGACAACCCUUUUGACGUUUUAGACUAUAUCUUCCAACGCAGUACUACUUAUCCUUAUGCUAUAAAUGCAUAUAAAGUGUUGUUGACAAUUCCAGUAACCGUGGCAUCGGCAGAAAGAAGUUUCUUAAAGUUGAAGUUGUUGAAGACCUAUUUACGUUCUUCAAUGUCACAAGAAAGGCUAAACGGGUUGGCAACAAUAUCUAUUGAAAGUGAAAUAUUAGAUACUAUGGAUUACAAGGAGUUGAUCGAGAGCUUUGCUUCAAAAAACGCUAGGAGAACCACACUGUUUGCUUAG